ACCCUGCGCAUGCAUUCACACAAAAUGCUGUCAUUUUGACAGCUACCUUUUUCUGUUCUUUUCCGGUAACAACGUUCGCAAUGGGUCGCGUCAGAACCAAGACAAUUAAGAAGGCCGCCAAGGUCAUCAUCGAGAAGUAUUACACUCGAUUGACCAUGGACUUCCACACCAACAAGCGCAUCUGCGAGGAGGUGGCCAUUAUUCCCACCAAGCCCCUCCGCAACAAGAUUGCCGGUUAUGUUACCCAUUUGAUGGGUCGUCUGCGUCACUCCCAGGUGCGCGGCAUCUCCAUCAAGCUGCAGGAGGAGGAGCGCGAGCGUCGUGACAACUAUGUUCCCGCUGUUUCUGCUCUGGAACAGGACAUCAUCGAGGUCGAUGCCGAUACCAAGGAGAUGUUGAAGCUGUUGGAUUUCCACAACAUCCGUGGCCUGCAACUCACCACGCCCAACACCAACAACUUUGGACGUCGCAAUUAGGUUAUCUUUAUUGAAUGGACUUCAGAUGCUGUCUUUUUUUAACAACAACAAAAAAGAAUUGCUUUGCAUGUCAAGCACAAUAAAUGAACAUCGUGCGUGAAAUGCAAAACUAGAAA